CCUCGGGAUGGCGAGCGACGACUCUCCCCCGUCACCCCCGCUGUCGUUCCUGUCCCGACCCGUCACCACCGACGAGCUCAACUUCCUCGUCUCCCGCUACCUCCAAGAGUCUGGCUUCACAAAUGCCGCAUUUGCUUUCGAAUAUGAGUCUGGGAUUAAGAAAUUUAAUUUUGAGGAUAAUUUGAUUCCACCUGGUGCUCUUUUGACUGCUGUGCGAAAUAGCAUUCAAAGCAUAGAGCCUAUGAUGGAAAUCAUAGAAGCUAGAAGGACCUGGGAAGAGCAGAAGAAUAUGUUCAUGAACCGGUUAGAGUUCAUCGAACAGAAAUGCGAGUUACUUCAAGCUCAAGUUGCUGAGGUCUUGGCAAGGUGUGGUCCAACACAAAAGUCCCCCGAGGGACGCCCAUCUGAUGAUGCAGAGACACAAGAAACCAGACAGUGUCCUGGGGCUCCUAAUGAUCCUGAAGUUUUACAACAUCAGGUAGUACUGUCAUCUUCUGGUCAUGCCAUUGCACCUGUGCAGGGUAAAGUCUGUGAAGCCAAGGAGGACGGGGUUAGGAGUGAAAAACUUGACUAAUACGAACAAAGCCAUGCUUGCAAAAUGGUGCUGGAGAUUCACUCAAAUGAUAAUUAUAUUGGGAAAACAAUGGCUUGACUGAACUACUACAACUACUGCUGUUUUGGUCCAAGGACUAGAAGAACUCAAGCUGCUUCUCCUAUAUGGAAAGUCUUAGCUUAAUCUUGGAUGCCUUCUGGUGUGGUCUCCCUUUGUCUCUUGAAGGAGGGCUAUCUAUUAGAUUUUGGAAAGAUGAUUGGCGGGGCCACCUUCACCUUGGAUCCCUCUUCAUGCUUCUUUAUGCUACUUUUCUAAAGCAGAAUGUUACAAUGCUUUCUCAAUGGAAUGGGUGGCUCAGUUGCUGGUAUGUGAAACUAAGAAGUGCCCUCAUCUUCAGGGAAGACUUAUAAUUGGUUCACUUCCAAACUUUGUUGAUGAGUUUCUUCUGUUUUCUACUAUGUAUAUUCUUUCCAUACCUUCCUUAGGAAGGGUGGAAAUAUUCAUCUCGUCUUCACUGCACUUCGAAAAGCAAUAUUAUGGAAAAGGUCCAUAUCUUCAUGCGGGUGGCCCUCGACAACAGGCUUAACACUGGCAUAUGUUUGCAAGAAAAAAUGGAUUUACCUCUAGACAGUUUGGAGAAAUCAAGAAUUGAAAAAUGGCAACUUAAGCAUGCUUGGAACUAGUUGAUUUUGGCUAUUUGUUGGUGUAUUUGGAAGGAAUGUACUACAUUCCUUUUCCUUAAGAAGGCAACUUCAUAGGAUGCCAAUUUCGCCUCUGUAUUAGUCCUCAAAGAGUGGCCUUCCAUUGUUCUAUAAAAUAUUGUCUUAGUUAUUA